UGAGUUUAGUUCGUUCUCCGCUCGUUUAGUUUUCCAGGUGGCACGGAGUGGUUUGGACGUGGUUUUGCUUAGCUGUUCACGUAAGAAAAGGCUUUACUCGAAAAGUUGUGGUUACGUGGUUACGAAAGAAGCAAUCGUGUCGAAGAAACCAUGGCUGGUCCCAACCCAUUUCAAAACUUGCAGAAGGAAUUAAACGUUAAUGGCCAAACCUUCCACUACUUCGAUAUUGCAUCGUUUCAGGAGUUUAAAGAACUCCCGUACAGCAUCCGUGUGCUGCUGGAAUCGGCGGUCCGCAACUGCGACAACUUCCAAGUGCUGGAGAAAGAUGUACGAGGCAUCCUGAGCUGGAAGGCCACCAAGAGCGUCAAGACGGACGCAGAGCUGGAGAUCCCCUUCAAGCCUGCGCGUGUCAUUCUGCAGGAUUUCACCGGUGUUCCGGCGGUGGUGGAUUUUGCUGCGAUGCGCGAUGCCGUUCUGAAGCUAGGUGGAGACCCCGACAAGAUUAAUCCCAUCUGUCCGUCCGACUUGGUGAUCGAUCAUUCCGUGCAGGUGGACUUUGCUGGGACACCGGAUGCACUGAAUAAGAAUCAGGAUUUGGAAUUUGAGCGUAACAAGGAACGUUUUACAUUUCUGAAGUGGGGAGCCAAAGCAUUUAACAACAUGUUGAUCAUUCCUCCCGGCUCGGGCAUUGUUCACCAGGUGAACUUGGAAUAUCUUGCCCGUGUGGUGUUCCAGGAUGACACAAAAGCGAAAGACGGAGUCAAGAUGUUGUAUCCGGACAGCGUGGUGGGAACGGAUUCUCACACCACCAUGAUUAAUGGGUUAGGUGUUGUUGGGUGGGGUGUAGGAGGUAUUGAAGCUGAAGCUGUCAUGCUGGGCCAGGCCAUAUCUAUGUUGCUUCCGGAGGUCAUUGGCUACAAGCUGACGGGUAAAUUGAACCCACUGGCAACGUCCACGGAUCUGGUUCUGACCAUUACGAAGCACUUGCGACAGAUCGGAGUUGUAGGCAAGUUUGUUGAGUUCUUCGGACCUGGUGUCAGCGAGUUGUCUAUUGCCGAUCGUGCCACGAUCAGUAACAUGUGUCCGGAGUAUGGAGCAACCGUGGGUUAUUUCCCGAUUGAUCAAAAUGCGCUGGACUACCUGCGUCAAACGAAUCGUGCCGAGGAUAAAGUGCAGGUUAUUGAAGCUUACCUGAAGGCAACGAAUCAAUUGCGCAAUUUUAAUGACGCAUCGCAGGAUCCCAUCUAUACCCAGACUGUGCAGUUGGAUUUGGCUACUGUAGUCACUUCGGUCUCGGGACCUAAACGUCCUCACGAUCGGGUGUCGGUCAGUGAGAUGCAAAAAGACUUCCGCGAUUGUUUGACGGCUAAAGUUGGCUUCAAGGGUUUUGCAAUUCCGCAAGACGAAUUGAAAACGGAAGGGCGUUUCAGUUGGGCCGAUGGAAAGACAUACGCUCUUCGCCACGGUUCUGUCGUGAUAGCUGCAAUUACAUCCUGCACUAACACUAGCAACCCUUCGGUAAUGCUUGGAGCUGGAUUACUGGCGAAAAAAGCAGUUGCAGCUGGUUUGAAGGUUGCUCCGUACAUCAAAACUUCGCUGUCGCCUGGAAGCGGAGUUGUUACGUACUAUCUGAAGGAAUCGGGUGUUGUUCCGGCACUCGAAGAGCUGGGCUUCCAUGUAGUGGGAUAUGGUUGCAUGACUUGCAUUGGUAACUCCGGUCCAUUGGAGGACAAUAUCGCUAACACCAUCGAGAAGAACAAUCUGGUCUGUUGUGGAGUACUUUCCGGAAACCGCAACUUCGAGGGUCGCAUCCAUCCAAACACUCGUGCGAACUAUUUGGCUAGCCCUCUGUUGGUCAUUGCGUACGCUCUGGCUGGUACGGUGGAUAUCGAUUUUGAGAAAGAGCCGAUAGGAACUAAACCUGACGGUGGUAAGGUAUUUUUGCGAGAUAUUUGGCCAACUCGACAGGAGAUUCAUGCUGUUGAAAAACAAUUUGUUAUCCCCGCAAUGUUCCGUGAUGUUUACGCAAAGGUUGAACUGGGAUCGCCCUCCUGGCAAGGAUUAAACGCUCCAACCGGAAAACUCUAUCCGUGGGACGAAUCAUCCACGUACAUUAAGCAUCCACCAUUCUUUGAGAACAUGGCACGUGAGUUGCCUAAAAUAGGCAAUAUCGUCAACGCACGAGCUCUACUGAACCUGGGAGAUUCCGUUACUACUGAUCAUAUUUCACCAGCCGGUUCGAUUGCUCGUAACAGCCCUGCGGCUCGUUAUCUCUCAUCCCGUGGAUUGACACCGCGCGAGUUUAAUUCGUAUGGAUCGCGACGCGGAAAUGAUGCCGUUAUGGCACGUGGAACUUUUGCGAAUAUUCGUCUGGUAAAUAAACUCGUCAGUGGCCCAGGACCGCGAACCCUUCACAUUCCAAGCGGCGAAGAGAUGGACGUAUUCGAUUGUGCUGAGCGUUACACUCAGGAGGGUACGCCACUGAUUGCUAUCGUUGGUAAAGACUACGGCAGUGGGUCGAGCCGUGAUUGGGCUGCGAAGGGACCUUAUCUGCUGGGAAUAAAGGCCGUUAUUGCCGAGUCGUACGAGCGCAUUCAUCGUUCCAACCUGGUUGGUAUGGGCAUCAUUCCGCUGCAGUAUCUAGAGGGGCAAAAUGCCGACACGAUCGGUUUGACCGGACAAGAGAAGUUCAACAUUGCCCUCCCGGAUAACGUGAAACCGCACGAUAAAAUCACCGUCGAGACGGACGGCGGUCUCAAGUUUCAGGUUGUGGUACGCUUCGAUACCGAGGUAGAUCUGGAGUACUUCCGCAACGGUGGUAUUCUCAACUAUAUGAUUAGGAAAAUGAUUUCCUAAAACGUGGUGGAAGAGGGUUGGUAGCGGCACCGAGUGCUGUGCAUACUAUAUUUCUGAAUGUACUCUUAAACGAACAAAUUGGUUUCUUUGCAAUAAAUAAAACCAAGGUUAUUUGAUAUGAUUAUUAA